AAAACGAUUCAACCCUUCUGCCAAAGAUCUCUGACUUUGCCCCGCGAUGGGAGUUUUCAAGACCAAAUCCGCCGUCCCCAGCAUCUCCGUCGUCGGUGCUUACGGGUGGCCGGAUGAAUGUCAAGGCCGAAAAACAAGAACGGGAAAGAAGGAGAAGGAGUACUCUGCUCCUCAUCAGCUGAAGAAGAGGAAGAAGGGGAAAGAAAGCAACCUGCUGCCUGAAUCUUCGGAGGAGAAAAUCAAGGGUGGCAGCCCGUUGCUGCCUUGGGAAGAAAGCAGGAGCGAUUUUGUAAUGGACGACAGGAGAAGAAGACUCGUGGAGAUGGCUAAUCGUUACCUGCGAAAGCACUGCUCCGAAGACGCGUAUAACGGCGGCGAUGGAAGUUCGCCAAAGAGGCAAAGGCUUGGCGACUAAGCUUCUACUACCGCAUGCUACGUACGUAGGAAGUGGUUCAAUUAGACUUAAACCCUAAACUAAUUCGUUCGCAAUUAAUUAAUUAAUUAAUU